GCGAAUAGUAAAGUGUGAGCGUGCAGUUCACAGGCGGUCGCACGUCGUGAAAUUAUUGAAAGUAAAUAACAGUGCGGAGGUAGAAGAAAAUUAAUUCAAAAAAUUUAAAUUAAAGUGAAAAAAUUAAAGGGGAAAAGUUAAAAGAAAAGAAAAAAAUACAUCAAAACGCGUAAAAAGUGUACAGAAAGUGUUUCACUUAAAUCUGGCCAUCACAAUUACAUAAACAAAACAGAUUUCGGUAUAUUUACUGAGCCUCAAAACCCGCCACUGAAGUGUGCAAUCAAUAUUGCCUCUCAUAUUUGGCACCUCAACCAACAAAAAUGUGUAAGUCCCUCAUCUUCGUGCUAAUGGUUGGCAUUUCGCAGCAACUCGUGUGCUGCACCACCACCACAGCGAAGCCAACCACCACGUCAUUACUUCCUCCUUCCGAUAUAAAAAGCCGAAAAUUCCAAACGCAAUUCAUUGCACAGCUCAACGAAUUGGUAGACACGGCCGCUGCCGACCCUCUCGAUCAUUUGUUGCAAGAGCUGCGCACCAGCAAGGACUACGCCAGCUAUACGGAAAAAAUUCAAACGGCCGCAAGCUCCACACAACUGGUGUCGAAAAUCGUUUACCUCAAACAACUGUUGGACAUAAAGCUGAAUGAACAGCCGCACAGUGUGGAGAGCUUAUACACGUUGCGCAACCUAAACUUUCUCGGUAAACUGAAACACCAGUUGCUGCAGUUGCAGGACGAAAGCAUUGCGGAGCUACGCCAUUUUCGUUGGUACAAUUUAUGUCGACAAUUUUGGUUCCGCGACGGUUUGAAUCAAACGGAGGCAUCGGCACACCAAGUCACCCCACCACCAUCCACGCACUAUUGGUUUGACACGAAAUUGGCACCAUUGCGUGCGGAAAAUGUAGCCGCAAAUGCCACACCUCCCUUGGCACACAUCGAUCUCGAACGCUUUGCCAGCACCGUGUAUGCAAAUGUAAAGUCGGCUGGUGCGGAGAUAAUCGACGAUUAUUUGCUCACCGUACGGAAACUAUUGCAGGAAGUCAUUGAACAAAAGCUCAUUUCAUCAGCGGAGGAGGACGAAACUGAAGGAAUACCACACACCGGCGAAGCACACGUCUUACAUGAAAGCAAGUUGGUCAAAGGGUUGGCGGAACUCGAUGCGAUACUCGCCAUUGAUGAUUUCUAUGCAAAGCGCAAUCUUUUAUACAGUUAUCUCGGAAAUGACCUGCCCACUAGCUCGCACUUUUCACCUGAGGACCUGGCGGUCAUUUUGGCCAAAUUACAGUCAAAAGGAGUAGACCUCUUCGUCACGUUCAUAUUCAGUAAUUUUGAAUUUCUCGAGCAUUUGCAUGAGACGUGGGCAAAGCUGCUGCCGUCGACGUCGGCAAAUGAAGCAAAAGCGGUUUCACAGCAUUUAUUUGAUGCGCAUCGGCUGUACGUGGAGUUCAAAGGAGAUUGGGAGAACAGCGAACGCUAUGACGCCUAUAUGGCUGUGGUGAAGGCGUUGCAUGCGGAAACACGUAAUGGCGGUGCUAAUAUGCAUGUUUUCGAACUGCUAAACAACGCAUCGGCAAAUGUGGGCACUGUCACGCUGAAUAUGAUCAAGGAAAAGUGUCGUGAAUUUUGAAAUGCUUAAAGAAUGAAUGUUAGUGUACACUUUGGGGCAAUAAAAAAUGUAAAGAAUAUUACUGAAGAA